ACAAAGCAAGUUGAAUUUUGAAAAGUCAGUCUCUGCGACUCUUCCUUUCCUCCAUUGCUCUUUUUUUUUGAGAUAGUUUUUUGUUCUUCUUCUUCUUUUGUUUUGGUUAUCUUCGAUGCCAAGUCGUCGGAGGCAUAGCUACACAGGCGGAUCUUCUUCACCUGCAACCGCAUCAUCUUCGUACAGCACAAGUACUCUUCCUGAUCGUUCACCAGCUCCUUCCUCCACCACCGACAAACCACCUAACUCCCUCGGUCGCUGGAUCUCAGGGAUCUUCAUCAGCUGCUUCACCCCUCCUGAUUCCGUUUCCUCCAAGAGCUUCAACGACUCCGAACAUGAUGUACGUAGUAGACGGAGCUCAACAGGAAGUGUGCAGAAACAUUAUUAUGGUAAUGGGAAUGGGAAUGGGAAUGGGAAUGAAACAGAGAAUCAAAGAUUCAGCUUCGAUGAAAUCUACGCGGCCACAAAGAACUUCUCACCGUCUUUCAGGAUCGGACAAGGAGGGUUCGGCACUGUUUACAAGGUCAAACUUCGUGAUGGCUCCACCGUUGCUGUCAAACGUGCCAAAAAGAGUUUACACAAAGACGACCGUCAAGGUGCAGAGUUCAUGAGUGAGAUUAAAACAUUGGCUCAAGUCACACAUUUGAGUUUGGUCAAAUAUUAUGGUUAUUUGGUUCACAAUGAUGAGAAGCUUCUUGUUGUCGAGUAUGUUCCCAAUGGCAAUCUCAGAGAUCACUUGGAUUGUAAGGAAGGAAAGACACUCGACAUGGCAACUCGGCUAGACAUCGCAACUGAUAUAGCUCACGCCAUUACCUAUCUUCACAUGUAUACACAGCCACCUCUCAUCCACAGAGACAUUAAAUCUUCAAACAUUCUCCUCACUGACAACUUCAGAGCCAAGGUUGCUGAUUUCGGUUUUGCCAGAUUAGCUCCAGACACUGAAUCAGGAGCCACUCAUGUCUCAACACAAGUCAAAGGAACCGCUGGUUACUUAGACCCUGAAUACUUAACUACCUAUCAGCUCACCGAGAAAAGCGACGUCUACUCCUUUGGUGUUCUACUCGUCGAACUUCUCACUGGUCGCCGUCCCAUUGAGCUUAACAGAGAACAGAAAGAACGCAUCACCAUUAGAUGGGCCAUUAAGAAGUUCACGAGUGGAGAUACAAUAUCGGUUUUGGACCCGAAGCUAGAACGAAAUCCAGCAAACAACUUAGCACUAGAGAAGGUGUUGGAGAUGGCGUUUCAAUGUCUAGCUCCUCACCGAGGUUCGAGACCAAGCAUGAAAAAAUGCAGUGAGAUUCUUUGGGGAAUCCGUAAAGAUUACAGAGAGCUACUCAACACAUGUCUUUGAAAUUCUUCUCUGCGCCUUUAUAUAUUGGUUUCCCCAUCUCUAGCAACUAUAUAUGAUUAUAUAGUUUGUUUUGGGUAUUUAUUUGUCACACACGAUGAUUCUUGUGCGAGAAAUGUUGAUUUGUAUUUGUUUUCUGCUUUGAUAUCUAAUAAUAUUAGUGUAUGCUAUAUUAAUAUUGCG